AUGGCCCCCCGCUUGUCCUUCCUGCUCUUCGCCGUCGCGACAGCGGACGCGAUAGUCCCGUGCGCCUCCAACAUGCAAGUGUCUGUUCGGUUCACGAACGACAUCUACUGCGUCUACACCCCUCCAUGCUCGGGACUGCAUUUGCCAGAGAAAACGGGAUGCCCGACCAAGGGCGCGGUGGCGAUCCACUCGACGAACAUCCUCCAAACAGACACGUGCUGCGCCAUCAUUGACUCGAAGAAUGCCGUCGGGUGUGUGAUCCCUGUUCCUGGGUCGACUCAGUGCAUCGUUGGGCCAACCACUGUACCGUCCGCGCCUGCAACGACCACGUAUGAUCACCACGCGUGUCACUGCUCCAAGCAGUACAAGCAGCUCUAUUUUCCCAGCCGCAAACACCCCAUCCUCCCCGUCGACCGCGAUUGUUUCCAGCACCUCCACAUUGAAACCCACGAAUGCGUCGGAUUCCAGCGGAGCGUCAAGCCACUCCAUCACAGAGCCUCCGUCUAA